UAGUUUUACCCUACGCAGGAACUAAUUGUGCACAAAACAAAAUUUGAAAGCUUACCCAUUUGCCAAAAAUGCUUUAUCCCAUGCCAAUAUGAAACUGUGGGAUAAAAAUGGACAAGGCAUACAAUAUACUGGCGAACAAUCCUCGCGUUUUGGUGUUGGACGCAAGAAGCCUUGAAUCUUACAAUGCAGGCCACAUCAAAUGCUCCAUCUCUAUUGCACUUUCAGAAGAUGGCACCACUCUACACAAAUUGGCAGGCCCACAUUUCGCUUCCAAAUGCUGGUGGGAUCGAGAUAUAUUGCUACUCACUUCUUCCUCGUCCUCUUCCUCUUCCUCUUCUUCUUCCACCAAGAAGCGCAAAUUGGAGCAGUCUGACCCGAUUGCUCAGUUUUUAUCAAAAGAGGGUCUUGUCAAGUCUCUCCUAGUUUUGGGCCCUGUUGGAGAUGGCAGGGCAAGUUCUCUGACCACUUUCACAAGAAAUUAUCCAUUCUUAGUGACAAAAUCACAUAAAGCAGUCUCAAUUUCUGGAUAUCCAACAGAGGUUUUACCCCAGUUCCUGUAUCUUGGUGAUAUCGAGAAUGCAAAAUCCAAAACUCAGCUGGCUGACCUGAAAAUUAGUCAUGUAUUAACCAUUCAUUCAGAGUCUGUUUCAUACAAUAAACCUAUAGUGCAUAUGUUCUUAGAACUUGCAGAUGAGCCAACAGCAAACAUUGCACAAUAUUUUGAUGUUGCAUAUAAUUUUAUUCGAGACGUGCGAAAGAAAGGGGGAAGAGUUUUGGUCCAUUGUGGAGCUGGUGCAAGUCGCUCAGCUACAUUGUGUGCAGCUUAUUUGAUGCAAACAAAACAGUGGGGAGUUGAUGACACAUUAAAGUACUUAAAGGAGCGACGUAGUCAAGUCAAUCCCAACAGUGGUUUCAUUACAGCAUUACAUGAUUAUGAGAAGAGACAAUUGCUUUCUAAAGAUACAGCUUCACAAUCUCAAAUCUGUUGUGGCUUAAAAGAAGAAGAUGAUGAAGUUGGUUCUGUUCAUGAGUUGCAAUUAGAGAUUCAAAAGGAUGGAAACUGUAUAGGUUUUAUUAGACUCGUGGUUGAUCAAGUGACCAUUUUCGGUAGAGAUCCUAGCUGCAAUGUGAUUCUAGAUCAUGCCUCAAUAUCUCGCAAGCAUGCAAAGAUGGAAACAACAGGUGAUACCUUAAUUCUAACAGAUUUAAGAUCUCGUCAUGGUACGUUUCUAAAUGGAAAGCUCCUUAAAAGUGGCCAAGAAAUUGUCUUAAGUGAUUCAGAUGGUGUUAGAUUUGGCUCAAGUACUAGAAAUUACAUAUUGCGGAAAAAAGGCUUUUGAUCCACAAGUUUGGAGAUCUGGCAUCCAUCGUCAGUUUCUCAUAUGUGAAGAAUCAAAUUUCAAGUAUAUGCUUUGUAUGAAUCAAGUCAAAUUGUAUGAGUUAAAUUCAAAUUUUGAAUCCUUGGAAUAUGGGACAUUGGUAUGAAAUUACGAUGGCAGUACACAUCAAACAUGCUAUUUCCAAUGAUAUUAAAGGAUUAGCUGAUGCUCGCAAUU